AUGAUGAGUCCGCCAAAAAACGAAACUUAUAGCGGAUUCUUGGCAACUAUUUCAUUAGUGGUUGCGAAGGUGUCAGUAGCAGUUUAUCUUGUCAAACAGACGCCACCAAAUAUUUCAAGCUAUGAUUUUGUCAGAUUUCUUCAGAAUCGGUAUAUGAGAAGGGAGGAAGAAAAAGAAGCACUUAUUAAUUAUUAUUUCUUAAAUGAAAAGCGGCCAAGUGAUCACAAUUCGAACUGUGAAAUCAGCUUCAAAAUGGGGACUAAAACAAUAGACCUCAGCACCUAUACAGCUUUUAGUUCAAGUCAGCUAAAGAUGACUAAAUUCAAUCUGCAGAAUAUAAUGAUGCUUUCUACAAAUCAAACAGCUAAUCAGUUGAAAUAUUAUUUACAAGAAAUUUUAUCCUCAUCCUACAAUAUACUUUUUCAUGCUUUUAAAGCAAAUUGUGAGGAAGGAUUAAUUUCGUCAAGGAAACUGAAUACCUUCCUCAGUAUGAAACAAGAUGCAGAAUUUACAUUUCGUUUAUGGAUUAACAAAACAAUGGAGCUGCUAAACGAAAACCCGGAGAGUCUGAUUCAAUGUCUUGAUCUUUUAAGAAAAUUUGUUAUUUCCAGGGAUUUCUCUGCAGAAACAGAUAGUAGUCUUUGGGAUUCAACAAUACUUGAGUUAAAUUUGAUCCUUUCCAGUUCGUUCAAAGCGCAUCUAAACACACUAUAUCGUACUAGUAUUGCCCAAUUUACCACUGAGUUCAUAGAUGAUGUAUUAAAAAAACUCUGUGAAAAUUUUCAGACAUUAGAUUCAAAUCAUGGAAAAAUGCUGUUUCUCCAAGUUAGCAAGUGUGCCCAUAUAAUAUGGCUCUCCGUGAAUCUUUUAAAAUCUUUUGAUGAUGAUGAUCAAAUUUUCGACAGAACACAAGCCUUUCGGUGGGUACAGAUUUUAGACAGAUGGCUUGAAGCACAAAAACCAUCCACCAAUCAAGCAGAAAGGUUCUCAAUGGUUCAACUUACUGGAUUAAUGUUUACUAUAUUUGUUUUAAAAAAUAAAAUUAUCAGGCUCACUGCAAAGUUUUAAAAGACAAUAAUACUAGAAUACAUAAUGUGCAUUUGACUGGUUAACUUCGUUAAAUAUUUUGUACUGGAAUAAAUUCAAAUUUUUGAAAAGGAUAAUAGUUAAACCACUUAUGACUAACUUAGUUUUCCAAGUAACAUCUGUUGCUUGUCAGUAAGGAAUAAAAUUUGUUGAUUGAUGAAAUAAUGUCAGGAAAAAGACCUUU